GAAAGACGGCGAUUUGAGAAAAUGGCACCAUUUAAAUUAAAAUUUCGCAUGGGUAGUUCCCGUAGUACAUCACAAGAACAUGAACCGGAUCCUCAGGUAAAUGAGGCCUUAUUAAAUCAUCAAACUUUUGGUGGCAUUGGAGCCAGUUCAUCAACCAUAGAUUCGGUGGAUUGCAAUAGUUUAGUAUCGCUCAAUACGAGUGAACGUAAACUAUUGUUGCCCAACAAAAGCAACAAUCUGAAAAUGGGGUUCAUAAAUCAAAAUCAAGCCAAACAAGGAGAACAUAUACCCAGCACACCACCCCCUACAUACGAAUGUGUUUUAGAAGAGCAACGACAAUUAGCCAACGCCACAGCUGCAAACGAUGCUGAUGAUGAUCAAUUAAACUCUUGUUUAGAGCAAUUAAGUCUCAACGAAUUACCCUGUACGGAUCCGAAUUGUCGGGAAAAUUUCAAUACGAAUAAUAAUAAUAACAACAACAACGAAACAACUAACACGAAUCAAUUACAACAACAACAGCAGCAACUACAACUUCAAACAGAACUACAGCAACAACACGAAGAUCUUAUCAACGAUCCAAACAAUACGAUUCCUUUGAACGAUCUCGAAAAUCCAGUUGUUAACGAAGACGAUCGCAAAGAAUCUAUAGAUUCUCAAGAAUUUCUACUCGGUGAAAAUAUGACAGACUCAUCGUCGGAUCAGGAGCGAGAACAGCUGGAGAAUAGUUGUUCGGGCAAUUGCCAACAAUACAGUUCGGAUGGUCAGCAAUACAAUACAGAUUGUCAGCAGUACAACACAGACGGCAGUGCUUCGUGUUCGGGCGGCCAGGACGAGAGAAAUCAGAACAAUGACUUCUAUGAUCCUUUAAUGAAUCACAGUGUCUACUGUAAUGAUGCAUCCCACUAUGAUGAGGAUUAUCAAAGUCAAAUGUGUGAUCAUGAUGGCAACUCGGGUGAAUGUACCAACGAAUGCAGUAACGAAUGCUCUAACGAAAUUAACUGGGAUGACAAUCAGCAAUCAAGUUCACAGCUCAAUUUGCAAUACGAAAAUUGUGGCGAACAGCAGCAACAUCAACAGUAUUAUCAACAGCAGCAGCAGGAACUCUCACAGACACCAGAAAUAAUAAGCAACAAAUCCUCAAAAGAAAUCUACAAGGACUUGGCCAAAGAAUGGGGCAUAACGUGUAAAAUGUCCGACGGAUGUCGUUGUAUGGAAUGUCAAAGUCAUUAUUUCGAUUGUGAAUACGAUGAUAAUGAACAUCAAAAGACGGAUGGUGGUUUGGGGGCAGGAACACCCAUGUUCUUAACAGAAGUCAUGCAUGGUUCGGCCUGCAAUAUAUUGUAAAAUAUAAAAUAAUAAAC